GACCAGUUACUGGCACAUGUCCCCCAUUGGGGAUACAGCUAUAAGGAAAAGGAAGGAAGGAACAUCAAUUGAACCAUAAGGAAGGAAGGAGCAUCGAGUGCGGUAUUAUUUCGAUGUUAAAAUAUUGCAUGCUCUGACAAGAGGAUGAAAGAAGACGAAAAUUUUGAUUAACUGUCAAAUAACACUGAUGAGAAUGUUAUACAUACAAGUGAAUUAAGAUGUACGUGGAAGAGGAAGAAGAUUUCGCACCGAAAAACUUUCUUAUUUUCAAUCAUUAUGGAAAAGAUACACUUUUCUUCUGGGACAACGAAAAACUAGUUGUGUGUCCAUAUGGGGAAGCAGAUACUAAACAUACGCUGAAAACCCCAGAUUCCAUAAAGACUCUUAAAUGUUUUGGACAGAGAGUUUUUGUAAUUUGUCAACCGACGGGUAUUUAUAAAUUAUCCAAAGACAUGAAAUUGCUUGUGUUGAGUGAAAAUGGUAUAGAACUAGCUGAUGAGUUUUACAAUGUAUUCUACCCCAGAUCUGGUAUUAUGUACCUAUUUGACAAAAAAGAGAAACGUGAAAGAGAUCUGUUACCUUUAUCUACUUCAGUGCCAUCAAGUACGGUACACAGUUUUGCAUUGAAUUCGUACGAUACAAAACAUGAUUUGCGUGAAGCUAUAUUUGGUGAUAGUGAGUUUGAGCCUACAGACAAUUUAUGUGUAUUUGUAUAUGAUAAGAGAAUUUUCAAAUUAUGCAAAAACAGCAUUAAUUUAAUUUAUUGCAGCCAACAGACGGUUACUGAUAUAGUUCCUUGGAAAAGUAUGGAAAAGACUUGUGGCUUAAUAUUCCUUGCACAGACUGAGUACGUGAUAUUUAUGUACACUAAAAAUCAGGAGAUAGUAUUUGAAAAAGCUAAUCUGGGAACCAAUAUUCAUAGUCUUUGUGCAUUCCCUCACGAUGGAUCAUUAAACAUCAUUUACUGUGAUGAAAUGGAAACAUAUAUCACAAAGAAAAUUUUUGGUUCAGAGCAGUUGGAACAUGAUAUUUUUGUGAACCAAUAUUUUUUAUGCUUUCAAGUCUUCAAAGAAAAACUUCUAGCUUUGACACCAGCAAAAGUACUUUUAGAACGGUCUUUGAUCCUAGAUUUCACAGAAGAUAUGGAUCAGGAACAAGAGGAAUUCGUAGAACUAAAUUGUAAUAUGCUUUCCAACACAGAAGAGAUUGUUGAUAAGAUCUGCGAGGACUCUAAAAUUUUACAAAAACUAGAUCUUGAGUUGCAAGCAGAAGAGGAUAAAAAUCAGAGAUUAAAUCUCUAUGCUCACCAGAAAAAAUUUCAAUAUCAACCCAAGAUGAAUGUUAAGCAUAUUGCAGGCAAAGUAUUUCUAUCAGCUGACUUUGCCAAUAUAUUCCCUAAGAAUUCUUGGGUCUAUCUAAACCUAAUAAACGACGGGAAGAAAGUGACUUGUGGAAAACUGAUUAAGGAAUUUGAAACUGUGCUGGAAAUGUUAAUACCUGAAGAGUUUAUAUCAGACUCCUUAGAUAUCACAGUGGAUCUAGUAACACACACUAAUGAGGGACAGCCAUGGUGCCUAAUAAAAAAUUGUUUAAAGGAUUCACCACCGAAGAAGAAAAAGGAAGGUUUAAAGUUGAAUAAAAUUAGUUUUAUAGAAUCUAAAUUAGCAACUUUACGUAAAUUGCAAUCUGAAGAUUGUUUGGACAUUGAAAAACUAUCAGAGAUAAAGAAAAGUGUUCGCAAGGAAAUAAAUAAUUCCUAAUAUUUAUAUUAUGUGUAUAUAUUAUAUUAUAUUAUAAUAUCUUAAGAUAUAUAUAUAUAUAUAUAUAUAUAUAUAUCUUUAAGAACUAAAUUCCGUGAAAAUGUUUCUGAAUUAACAAUAUUUAAUUGGACCACAUUACCAAAGAUUAAUCACCUAUUAAAAAUGUGCAUGUAUUGCUGCUUCCUUUUCAAAUUUCGUCUGUGGCAAAGAAUUUUUUUUCUUCAUAAAUAACGAACGCCGUCACGGCCACGAUAUAA